CUUAGUUUCAGGUCUUAAAAUGAAUAUUAAUAAAUCUGUGUUAUUUCCAAUUAAAUCAUGCAAUUUGACAGAAUUACAUAGUAUCCCUAUUAAAGAUACAGUUAAAUAUUUAGGGGUUGUCAUUCAUAAAGAAGAAAAUGAACGCAAUAAGCUUAAUUUUCAACCCAUAAUAAAUAAAACUAAGACUAGAUUUAAUAUAUGGCUUCAAAGAGAUUUAUCCCUGAAUGGUAGGGCUUUACUGUCCAAAGCAGAAGGUAUAUCAAGAUCUGUCUAUGUGUCUUUAGCUCUAGAGAUGCCAUCAAAUGUAUAUAAAGAAUUAGACAAAGUACUAUUUAAUUUUUUAUGGAGAAAUAGACAUCACUAUUUAAGAAAGGAAAUUAUGUGUAAACAAAAAUGCAAUGGUGGGUUAUCUGUAUUAAGUUUUGAAACUUUAAACAAUACAUUCAAAAUUAAUUGGUUAAUUAAAUUCAUGAAAGAAAAGGACAGUAUGUGGUAUACUUUUCCAAAACAUAUAUUUGACAUGAUUGGGGGUAUAGAAUUUCUGUUGAGUUGUGAUUUUAAAAUUGACAAACUUCCAGUGAAAUUAGCUAAAUUUCACAAACAAGCUUUAUUAGCGUGGAUGCUGGUAUUUAAACACAAUUUUUCUCCAAACAAAUAUAUUAUAUGGAAUAAUAGAUGUAUCCAAUAUAAAAAUAAAUCUCUCUUCUUCCAAAAAUGGUAUGAAAAUGAUAUUGUAUUAGUUAGACAACUUCUUAAUUUAAACGGUAAUUUGUUAUCUUACAGUGAAUUUUUAGAUAAAUUUGGUUUUCCAGUUACUCCAAAAGAGUAUGCUAUUGUAUUUGAUGCCAUAUCUCAACAGCUUCUUCAUUUUAUAAGAGCGUAUGGAAAUAGAUCUUUUGAAGGAAAAUAUGUUAAAGAAAACCUUUUUUUAGGAGAUAUUGAUAUUAUUAAACAAAGUUAUACUAAUAAAUAUAUUAGAAAUCUUAUAACAGGUGAUACAGUUGUAUAUAAUAAUUUAAAAUGGACCAAUGUAUUCAUAAAUAUAAAUUGGAAAAAAGCUUGGCGUUCUUGUGAAAUAUAUUGUAUAAAUAACAAAGUAAAAGAAGUUACAUUUAAAAUUUUACAUAGUAUAUAUCCAGUUAAAGAGGUUUUGGAGAGAUUUAAUUUGGAUAUCGAUUAUUUCUGUGAUUUUUGUUGUAUGGAAAAGGAAUCUAUUGUCCACAUGUUUUGUGAUUGUAUAUAUACAAGGAUUUUCUGGGUGGAUGUGGAAAAUUUUCUAAGAAGGAAAACAAAUAUUGUGUUUAAGUUAAAAAAAUUUGAUAUUUGCAUUUAUUAUUUUAAUACAUGUAAAAAAAUUACCUUUCUGGUACAACUUUUUAUUAUUUUGGGAAAGUUUCAUAUACAUAAAAAAAAAUGGACUGGAUCAAAGCCAAAUUUUGUUCACUUUCUUCAAGAGACUAAGGACUACUGCACAAGUUUGGAAAACAUUGUUAAUAACAAAGCAAAGAAGACUUGUAAUAUUUUUAAGGAAUAUAAGAUUUUUAUUUACUGAAUGUUUUUUAUUUAUUUUUUUAUUUUAUAUAUAUCAAUAUACACUCUGGCAUGUAUUUUGUUCUGUAUAGUAUU